AUGGCUAGUGGUAUAAAACGUAAAGCGCUAACGAUUUCGGACAAACUCAACAUUUUGAAAAAGUACGAUGAAGGAUUGGCUGAGAAAAAAAAACAAAAAGAUAUUGCUAAUGAACUGGGGAUACCUCCUUCCACUUUAAGAACUUUAUUGAAAAACAGACAUGAAAUAGAACAAAGCAGCUUGUUAGGUGGCAGCAAACGACAAAAAUUAAAACACGGGAAGUAUGAAGAGUUGGAAAAUAUUUUAUUGGAGUGGUUUCAACAAGCUCGUAGUUUAAAUUAUCCAAUAAAUGGAGGUAUAAUCACGGAAAAGGCGAUGGAGAUUGCCGCACGUCUCAACUUAACCGAAUUUAGUGGAUCGACUGGUUGGCUGGAUAGAUUUCGGAGUAGGCAUAGCAUUGUGUACCGGCAAAUAUCAGGUGAGGCUGAAUCUGUUAAUAAUGAUGAUAUAGCUUCAUGGAAAAAUAACGUGUUGCCUUCAUUACUGCGUGACUAUGCUCCUGACGAUGUAUACAACGCUGAUGAAUUCGGAUUGUUUUUUAAGCUUAUGCCAGAUAAGUCUUUUGUUUUUAAAAAUGAGACAUGCCAUGGUGGAAAGUUGAGCAAGGAACGUCUCACGGUUUUAGUAUGUACAAAUUCUACCGGAACCCAUAAAUUGAAGUUGGUCGUCAUUGGAAAAAGUAGGUCUCCUCGCUGUUUCAAAAAUGUUCGUACGUUUCCAUGUGAAUACCUUGCUCAAAGUCGUGCUUGGAUGACAGGAAUACUAUUCAUAAACUGGAUUCAACAGCUAGAUGCAUUUUUCGGUAAACAAAAGAGAAAAAUUAUUCUAUUCGUCGACAAUUGUCCGGCUCACCCUAAAGAUAUCCCUACUACCAAUAUAAAACUUGUUUUCUUUCCACCAAAUACUACAUCUAAGUUACAACCCCUAGAUCAGGGUAUCAUUAAAGUGAUAAAACAAAAGUACCGAAAAAAGUUAGUUCAGCGGUACUUGAGAGACAUGGAGAGUACCAACCAAAUUUCAACUAAAGUUAACGUUUUGGACUCCAUACAUUACGUUAGUGCCGCUUGGGAUGAAAUUAAACCAGAUGUAAUAAUAAACUGUUUUCGGAAAGCUGCAUUUGGUAUGUUGAACAACUCUGAACAGGCUGAUAGCUCACCUUUAAAAGAAGAGGACUUUCAGCUUCUGCAAAAUUUUGCUGAUUAUGCAACAGUAGAUGAUGAACUCGUAACCAGUAGCACUCGGACUUUAGAUGAAAUAAUCGCUGAUACGAACUUAGUGGACAAUGAGAAAGAAGACGACGAUCAAGAAGAAGAAGAUCAAGACUUUCCAGUAUCUACUCCUACAAUAACUACUGGUUUGCAACAUUUAUCGGAAAUUCGGAAAGUAUUAUUCUGUGUUGAAAAUUCCGAAGAAAUGUUAGGUUGUCUUAAUAAAAUUGAAAACUUUCUUGCUGAAACACAUUAUUCCGACAAUUAUUUUCGUGAAGCAUUUAAACCAAUAAUUGAACCAUUAAAUACACAUACAGAACAAAAUGCUAUAUGUAACAAACAGUCGACUGAACUAAAAAACAAAUCAGAAACCUCAUACACUAGUGAAGAAGAUGAUAACGAUGAAUUAAAUUCACCAUACCAAAAUUUUUUAAAUAACCGUCCUAAAUCAACACGUUAUGACAAAUCUUAUGGUAUGCAUUAUGAUAAAGGUAGUGAUUCAUAUAAAAUAGGAAAGCAUACUGUAACUUUUAACCACGACGGGAAGCCUAGAACCUCGAGAUACCAUAAAUGGAUGACCGUUGUAAAACCACUGUACGAUCGGAUGAAAAUUGAGGAAAAACAGUUUAAUGAAGAAAUAGCUAAAAUUAAUGAGACUGCAACUCCUCGAAUUAACUUGACAUCAUUUAACAAUACUUUAUCUUCUACCCCUUCUAGCUUAUCUAGAGCUAAACGUAGAAAAAUAACGAAAGAAAAUGAACCAUUUGAUUUUAAUCAAACAGCAAACAGUUCUUCGUCUACGGAUCAUAUGACUCCAAAGAUGUUUAAUUUUACUUCAUCACCUGAGUCUAAGAUAGGUAAUGGUUUAUAUAAAGAUGUAUUGCCACAAACACAAUUAGUUUAUUAUGAUGAUCCGAAUGAACUAGUAACUAGAUUAAAUCUUUUGUCAUCAUCAAAAAGUGUUGGUAAUACUGGUGUUAAUAAUGAAAUUAUAUCUAUUUUAGAGGAACUACGUGAGAGAAAUAUUAUAAUAUAA